AGGUGUUGUGGUCUGCCUACAUUAAAAGCAACAACUGACACAUGACAGAAAAAAAGAGAAAACAAUAUGAGGAAGUGACACUUUACUAAUUAGAGGAAGUAGAUCCAACAUUUCUCUUUAAGAAGCUACUAGUUCAGAGACUUACAAGUAAGAAGCAGAGAGAAAAGAGACAAAGAGGCACGAUGAUUAAGUUCAGAUGGAUUAAAAUGUCUUUAUUUCUGAUGCCAGUGCUUCAGUUUACAGCAGCAGCUGGACAGCUUUUCCUCUCCUUCACUGUCAGAGUUGGAGAAGAAGUCACUUUGUCUUGUGAAAAUGUGAUAGACGGUCAGCAAAAAUGUAACAGUACUACAUGGCUCUUCAGUAAAUCAAGAAACACAGCAACAGUAGAGCUGAUUAAACUUGGGCAGAUUGGUGAAAGAGCCAAAGCUAAAUCAGACAGACUGAGUGUUACAGCGAGCUGUUCUCUGCUUAUAAAGAAGGUCACAGUCGAGGAUGUUGGUCGUUAUGACUGUCAACAGUUCAAAUUAGGAGACAAACAAGGUCCAGACUCUGUGGUUCUUCUGUCUGUUGUUACCAUGACUGAACAUAAGGACCCUGAUAAAGUGACGUUAAACUGCUCUGUGUCGACACGUGAACGAUGUCGACACACAGUGAAGUGGCUGUAUGCAGGUCAAGAUGUGGCUAAAGAUAACAAAGACUUGGUGACAUCACAGUCUCCCUGCAGUGCCUCUGUGCACUUCCUGACUUCUCAUUUUAUUCACACAUCGAGGUCUAACUUCUUUACAUGUGAAGUGACUGAUGGCAACAAAGUGCAGCUGUUUCCCUUCAGACUUCGGCCCUCAGGUGAGAAACCAGGUGAGGACACAACAACAGCAACAACUGAAUCAACAACAACUGAAAACAGCAGGAAAGCAGGUAUCACCACGACAGCGUCUGCAAUCAAUGAUGCUUCAACAGAACUACAAGGUUGGUGGUGGUUGUACAUCAUUGUGGCUGUGGUUUUAGUUGCAGUUUUAGUAAUCGCUGUAGCUGUCAUCAGAUGGAAGAGAACUAAAGGGAACAAAACACGGAUGAAUGACAAUGUCGAGCUGACCUCAAACCCUGCAGUGACUCAGUCGGAAACCAGUCUGGACACGGCUGAUCCUGAAGAUGGUGUUUCCUACGCCUCUGUCAGCUACACCAGCAAGACCAAGAACAGUAAAGCCCGGGUUCACAGUAAAACUGAUGAAGGUGAUGCAGUGACCUACGCGGUCGUGAAAGCUUCCUCCGCUGAUCCCAGCAGCUUCUACGCUACCAUCAACUAACCAAACAAGUCAAACUCCUGCCAUCAGAGCUUUGCUCAUCUCUGUUAAUGUGCUUUAUGAUCAUUUUCAGGAUGGAUUAUUGUAAAAAAGCUUCUUCUUCAGAACAGGGUGUAGAAGGUGAACUAGUGGCACAAUGCACAAAGGAGAAGGAAUAACUCAACAUUUAUAUGGGUGGUUGCUUAAAAUGUAAAUGAGCAUAAUAUAUGACACAUGUUGCUUGAUGAACUUGCUGUCAUGCAGUCUGUUGUGCACAGUGAUGGGUGUGCUAAUCUGUGCUAAAAUUUGACUGAUUUUUGAAUAUUUUCAUAUUUUUUUCUGUUUAGUUUCACCUGUUAUUGUUUGAUAUGCAAUAUUUUGAUCAUGUAAGUCUUUGUUCAAUUAGCUUUAGCAAACUGAAAGAAGGUGGGAUGUGACAUGACUUAUUUGAAGUGCAUAAAUGAAUGAAAUGAAUGAGCGAAUGAAAUCAACCUUGAAAGUUGUAUUAACCACUGAAUGUGUGAAAACUGUAGAAAUCCAAAAGUAACUUUGAAUCAUAUCACUAUAAAUAAGUUAGUUAGAAGGAAAGUAUGCACACAAGACUAAAAUAAGGAUGAACGUCACUAUGUGGAAGUGACGCCUUACUGACCACAGAAGGUAGAUUAUGUAUUUCUCUUUGAGGAGCAACUUUAGAGACUCUUCAAAGUUUAAGAACAACAGAGGAAAGAGAAACUGAGAUGCAUAAUGGUUAAAUGGAUUAAAAUGUCUUCAUGUCACAUGCCAACAGAUA